AGACACGGGCUGUCGGAGGAGAGGGUCCAGCCCCACUCCCUCCCGCCUCCUCCUCCUCCUCCUGAGAAAUGGGGGAGUGUUUCCCUAUGGUCCUCACUCAGUCUUAACACUUCGCAGAGAGCUGAGACGCCACACUGAGCUCUGGAAGCUAGCUGUGACGGACAAAAGCCACACACACACACUUGGCAUGGAUUGCAAAGUCCUAGCGCUGGUGGCCCUGCUGACGGUCGCCAUAUGGAGUCCCGAGACUGACGCUAAACCCAUCAGUCUGGUGGAGAGAUGUUGGUGCCGGUCCACUCUCAACACCGUCCCGCAGAGGAGCAUCCGCGAGAUAAAGUUCCUCCACACACCCAGCUGCCCUUUCCAAGUCAUUGCCAAGCUGAAGAACAACAGAGAGGUCUGCAUCAACCCCAAGACCAAAUGGCUGCAGCAGUAUCUAAAGAAUGCCAUUAGCAAAAUAAAGAAGAAGCAGUCAAGUUAAACACCUGAGGAUGUGCGAGGAGGACCACAGUGCAUCUCUGACCUCCAAAGAGGCACCCGUCCUCUUCUCUCGCUCUCUUUGAUCACUCCUCCUAUUUCUGGACUGCUUGCACAAACAGCACUUCACCUAAACCUGUCUCUCAAGCAUCCAGACAGCCUGCAGCUCACCAAAACGCAAGCCAACACCUUCAUCCCGAUGCACUGCUACUGCUGGCUCUGAUUAUCAGCUGGUGCAUGUAAAUGAAGCGACUGAAUGUGACCGUGAACAUUUGAAUGCGAAGGCAAGAGGGAUAUGUACAGGUUCUCUGCAACAGUAAAAAUGAGAGUUUGUGUCAUAGUCGUGAGGAAUGUCUAACCUUUAGGAUAGUUUGGGGUUAAUAAGGGACGUAUGCAAGUGAAAAUGAAGCAGAAAUUUGAAACUGCCACAUUCAAGCUUUCACUUUUUGUUUUUUUGCUGCUCAUAGCUUAGUAGAAGUGUUUAAAAGCUCACCAGCACACAUGAAUGAUCCAGCAUGCUAAUGCUUAGCCCCGUUCCAAAACCUAGCGAGCCGCCUACUGAACAAAAAAAGGCAUAGAAACAAUUUUCACUCAGAAAUCGUUAGUAAAUAUUACAAUAAAUGACAAAGAAAUGCCAGUUAAACUGAGAUAGCAUUCUGAAGGUCCUUGCAUACUGAGUCUGAAAUUUUCAUAUGAGUUUUGUAUUUCGUAUGUUUUGUCGUAUUAGUCAAAAUUCGUCACGUACAGAAUGUUACGGUGGCUCAGAAUUGUCAAACACCUUUCACAAUGCUUGCUACGGAUGGGAAAAACGCAGAAAAUUGAACCCGAUUCAAUUUUUUUUUAUGAUGAACAAAAGUUUGUGUCAGUGUGUAAACGUGAUUAACACAACGUGAAGUCGUAUUUAUUUUAUAACAUGUGAAAAUUACAGGCGAGAAUUUCGGACUCAGUGUCCAAGAACCUUUACGCCAAUAACCCUGUUGAAAAAAACAGCAUAUGCUGGGUAGAUAUGUUUUGAAGCAUGCCAGUUGGUUUAAGCUGGUUUAAGCUGGUCCUAAACUAGCUCCUGCUCAGGACCAGCUCAUAACCAGCUUAAACCAGCUCAAACCAGCUGCCAUGCUUCAAAACAUACCUAACCAACAUAUGCAGUUUUUUCAAUAGUAAACUUACAGUGUGGAAAAACUGUAUUUCACAAAUAACGCAAUCCCAGAAUGCACUGUGACAAGUUUGGUUAAAAACCCAAGAUGGCGGAUGUGAAAUGUCAGUCAUAAAUAAUAUACUUACAUUUCAUUAAAUACUACAGAAAAAGUUAAACACUGACUAUUUAUCCCAGUAUUUGUAUAUUUUUAUGCUUAAAAUUGCGUAAUAAUUAUUACGCAAUAGACCUUAGUCAAGUUAGAUGCAAAAGACUGAAAAUGAAGCUGUGAGGGAUAAACUUACUGUCUUUACAAUGAUGUAAUGUGAAUGUAAACUCGCAAGUAUUUUUGUCUACUAAACAAUUUCUGAAGGACGUUUCGUGAGCUGAACAAUUAGUAUGUUGUUAAACAACUGUACACUCCACUGAACGCACUGUACUUCUAUCCCUCACAGCCUCGACUUCGUUCCUGCCAAAAAUCAAAUAUGCCACAACCCUAAGGUCUGUUAGUUUAGCAACAUUUGUCAAACUGUUUGGAAUCCAUUUUUGGUGUCGCAUUUCAAAUCAUUUACUUACAAAGUUCCAUACGAUUAUGGUGUGGACUUAAAAGAAUUCCGUACGUAGGCAGCAAAUAGCAAGGUUUUGGAACAGACACGUUUGACACAGGACUGCUACUACAGGAAGCAGAAUCAUAGUUUCCUGCUUUCCACUUCCUCUCUGCUACCUGUGUGUAGCAAACACUGAAGUUCAAGAAAUAUGCAGUUUGAGGCAGAUACGCUGUAUGUACAAAGCAGAUGUUGUUAAUGCAAUCACGCCACGGCAGCUUAAAACUUCUGCUCAUGUGCAUCGAGCGACAUUCCAUGACUCAGGCCUUAAUUAACAUAAUCUGCAUACAGAUCUUGUGUCAUACUGGUUGUGAUUUGCAUUCAACAAGAACAACCAACAUGUAAAUAUACUACAGCACUAAAUGGCUGUCAGUAGAUGGGUUGAACAGGGACCAAAACUGAAGAAAUGCAAGCAUUUUGUAGGCUAAAUUAAUAUUAGUAUGUAUUCCAUAUGUAUCGUUUUGUUUUUAGCCACAGAAUUAAGGGAUCAUGUGACUGUGAUUUUUGUUUUCAUGAAGUUAACAUGUUUAUCUAACACACGUUGUUUCUGUUCAGAUAACGUUUUGACUCAAAUGCCCUGUUGCUGUAACGUUUUUGAGCCACUUUAAAAAUAUAAGGAGUUUGUAAUGUAAUGAUUUAUUUUUGUAUUUUGUAUUGAUCAAUAUGAAUAAAAACACAACCGUACAAUA